AUGCAGCGAAGUUCCACUUCCACGACAGGGAGCUCAAGAAUAUCUACAGCUGGUGAAUCUUCCAGACACACCCCUAGAAGUACAACAAGCUUAGAUAAUGAAGUUGUGUUGCGAAGACAUGCAGCAAAUCUUCAAUCACCAAAUGCUGCAUUGGAUGAUGGUGUUCUAGUUAAUGAUGGAAGGGUUUCUGAAGAUAGUGCUAUUGACCUAGGAGAUGUUAUCACAGAUGAAGAAGAAAUUGUUGAGGAGCUUAUAAAGAGAGGUGUUGAAAACUUUGACAUGGCAUUGGAACAUUGGUAUGAAGCUACAGAUUAUGUGAUGGAAUGGCGGCGUCCAGGUCUCUCUCAAGGAGGAAAAAACUCAUUCUUCCUUAUUGAAGCGGACAAAAAGCUGAAUGCCUUGAUUAGUGGUUCCAGAAAGCUGCGGAAAGUGAUUGAACAGUAUGAUCUCAUGGAGACACCUUUACCACGGACACCAAACAACAUGUCGACAUGGAUUGAUGAUGGGAGUUUACAGGAGCAAAUACCGUUGGAAUUCAAUGAAGAUCUGGAGGAUCAGAACUCUUCUGAUGCUGAUUCCUUUGUGUCUGCAUCUGAUAAUACACAGUUAGAGUUUGACGAUAUCAUUAAUGAGAGACUUGUCAAUGAGUCACAGCUACUGAAGCUGUUUAGGGAAGCUGUUCUUCAUACAGCUGGAAGUCAUAGUCACCUUGAGUUUCAUGUGUCUGGACUGCAACAUUACAUUCGUCAUGGUAUCUGCUGUCGUAAGAUCAGCAUUGUACAUUCUUUAUUGUCCUUUACGACAGCCAUCUGGGGAGUUUUAAAGGCUAAAACUUCUUAUCUUAAGGACCCUUACGGUUUCAUGGCUCAUUUCUAUGUAGUGGCGCAGUAUGUUUCUCCAGUUCUCGCUUGGGGAUUCCUGGGAUCAGAUGACAAACUGAAAAUAGUCUGUGAAUACUUCAAGAGCCUUAUCCUUGAUUUCAUCAGGGACUUGUUUGACUUCACAACCUGUGAUUAUUCGUCAAUUGAAAGCUUGUGCGACUCAAUCGUGAGGCUGGCCAAAGAAAGAAGCGAACAGUUAUUGAAUAGCGAUACCUGUGAAACCAAGCUUCUCCAAGCAGCUGCUUCUUUUGAUGAAACACUGAUCGAGGCACCGACCACUCCCAGCAAAGAAGUUCAAAAGAAUGAAGAACACGUCUGAAGGAGGACGUUUUCAAUUCAACUUGACAAAAGAAAUUUUUUUAACCAUGUCUCCGAACCUUGUUAAUCAAAAAGAAAAAUGACUUGCGUGAUGCUAAGUGUGGAAAUAGCGCGAUGAAAUAAUUCGGAUUUCUAAUUUAAGGCCAAUUACGUUGAAGUGCAAGAUUUUGGGAGUAUAUUUGAGUAUAUUUUUAUCUUGGAGGCAAAAUCUUGCUACUCAGCGGAUCAUAAAUUUUGGUAAUUCUUUUAAAUAGGAAAUGAUCAUAAGAUAUUUCAUUUUAUUGUUGGUGGCUAGAAAAUUGGACAUCUUACUUUUUCUCGAGUUCUCCUGAUAUCCCUUGUCUAUUUCGUAUCAAGAGCAAUUUUUCAUGCCAGUUUUGGUAAGGUCAGAAGACUUGGAGGUGCAAAUGGCUUGCCAAUUGUACAUAUGAACAACAGUGGUUUUAAGGAUUUUUAAAGGAUUCAUGAGUACAGAGCUGUACAAAGAUGCGUGGGACUUGAAACAAAAGCAUUCGGUUUUGUGUCCCCUCUUAAAGACAAUAUCAUUAAAUUAUUUUAGUGUUUCA